AUGGCUGAUGCAGUGAUGUUGCAGACGGUGUUGUUUUUCAUCCUCCUUUCUUCUCGCUCCGUGCUCGGACAGGUCAGCUAUUCAAUUUCGGAGGAAAUGCCAGAAGGUUCAGUAGUUGGAAAUAUUGCUCAGGAUUUGGGAUUGGAUAUACAAAGACUGAAAUCUGGGAAAGCUCGCAUUUAUACGGUGGACAGCAAGGAAUAUAUUAAUCUAAAUAAAGAAAGAGGCGUGCUCGCCAUUACAGAAAGGAUAGAUCGGGAGUCUAUUUGCGCAAAAAAGACUCCAUGUGCUUUACAUCUUCAGAUGAUUCUCGAAAGCCCAAUGGAACUGUUCACAAUUAAUGUCGAAAUUACAGACAUAAAUGAUAAUGCGCCGGCUUUCCAGAAAAAAGAAAUGAGGUUUGACAUUAGCGAAUCGGCUGUAACUCGUGCAAAAUUCAUGCUUGGGAGAGCUGUGGAUGCAGACGUCGGUAUUAAUGGCUUAAAAACUUAUUCUCUUAAACCGACUGAUUAUUUCGUUUUAGAGCUUUACAGUCAAGCAGAUGGAGGUAAGAACGUAGAGAUGGUGUUACAGAAAACACUUGAUCGUGAAAAAGAAGGCAGAAUUAAUUUACUCUUAACAGCAUAUGAUGGAGGCGAUCCUUGUUUAUCAGGUACUGUACAGAUACAUAUAAGAGUGUUAGAUGUAAACGAUAAUGCUCCAGUAUUUACACAGAAAGUAUAUAAAACAACUGUGCUGGAAAACUCGGCAAAAGGAAUAAAACUGGCGACGGUAAAAGCAUCAGAUGCGGACGAAGGCUCUAAUAGUAUAGUAACAUACCACAUUUCCGACACAGUAGACAGUUAUGUGGCCGAAAUGUUUAUUUUGGAUCGAAAAUCUGGAGAUCUAUUAUUAAAUGGUCAGAUUGACUAUGAAAAAGCAAGCCAUUAUGAACUCGAUAUUCAGGCCAGCGACGAAGGUGGACUAUCUGACUCGUGUAAAGUAAUGAUCGACGUGCUGGAUAUUAACGAUAACAUACCAGCUAUCGCUAUUCUCUCCAUGGCAAAUUCUAUUUCAGAACAGUCUCCAUCUGGAAUAGUCGUUGCAAUGAUGAAUGUAAAUGAUCCUGACAACGGGGUCAACGGUAAAAUCCAGUGCAUACUUAGUGAAAAUAUGCAUUUUGCUAUCACAUCGCCGUCUAACAACGUGUUUAGCCUGCACACUGAACAGGAAUUGGAUAGGGAGAGAGAAUCUGAGUACAACAUUAUUGUAACUUGUUUUGAUGAGGGAGUUCCCUCACUCUCCAGCAGCGUUUCUCUAUUUUUACACAUCUCAGAUGAAAAUGAUAACGCCCCUGUGUUUGAAAGAAAUAAUUACGAGGCCUAUGUGGUAGAGAACAACACACCAGGUCUCUCUAUAUUCACAGUAAAGGCAAAUGACGCCGAUUCCAAACAAAAUUCCCGCGUUUCUUAUAUAUUAGAAGAUGGCUUUGUAAAUGGAAUCCCGGUGGCAUCAUAUGUGUCAGUCAGUGCUGAUAGUGGAGUCAUUAAUGCUGUGCGAUCUUUUGACUACGAGCAGUUAAAAUACUUCAAUUUCCGCGUAAAAGCGCAGGACGGAGGCUCCCCUGCACUCAGUAGUAAUGUAACAGUAAAAGUUAUAAUCCAAGACAAGAAUGACAACGCUCCUCAGGUUCUCUACCCAGUACAGACUAGUGGCUCACCAGUGGCUGAGAUUGUUCCUCGUUCAGCAGAAGUUGGCUAUCUUGUUACUAAAGUUGUUGCUGUCGAUGUGGACUCUGGACAGAAUGCCUGGCUCUCCUACAAACUCCAGAAAGCAUCAGACAGGGCGCUGUUUGAAAUAGGACCACAGAAUGGAGAGAUGCGAACUGUGCGCCAGGUCACUGAUAAAGAUGCUGUGAAACAGAAGCUUACUGUAGUUGUGGAAGAUAACGGACAGCCAUCUCGCUCAGCUAUAGUUACCGUUAAUGUAGCUGUAGCGGACAGUUUUCCUGAAGUCCUUUCAGAAUUUACAGACUUUACGCACGGCAAAGAAUACAAUGAUGACCUGACGUUUUAUUUAGUUUUAGCACUGGCUGCUGUUUCUUUUCUAUUUAUUUUAACGGUAGUAGUUAUAAUAUCAUUAAGGAUCUACAGAUGGAGGCAAUCGCGCAUCUUCUAUCAGUCCAAUCUCCCCGUCAUUCCGUACUAUCCAUCUGGUUACGCAGAUACAGGAGUUACUAAAACUCUUCCUCACAUGUACAAUUAUGAUGUUUGCAUGACGUCUGACAGGAUAAGCGGUGGCUGUAAAUAUUCUACUCUUGGUGGACAAAGUGUUUUAGUGGUGGACCCAGGUUUUACGGAAACUAUCGAACGUGCCAAAAAAGAAACAAAUCUGUUGGAGGAUUGUGAUUCUCCGGAUAUGGGUCCCGAUAAGGGCAACUUGGCGGUGGUGGGGUCUUAA